AUGGCAGCAGAAGGAUGCGGGUUUGAGAAAACUUUCACUUUCACCUCUCUUCCAUCUAGGAAGUUUACAUUUCUUCAAGACCGAGAGACGUUAUCAUUUUUGAUGAAAUGGUCUAUGCUGGGAAGAUUGUCAGCUCAGGCAUUUAGCUUUGACCAGAGCUUCUUUCCCUACAACAGUGAAAACUUUGCCCAUUGUUUUUUCACUGACUCCAAUGUGGUGUCCAUUCUGAAGAAGGUAGAGACCAAAGCCUGGGUGCCUUUUGGGAAAACUGUAAAGUCUGUUAAAGUGGAAGUGGUGUCUUGCUCAAAGGUCUCAGUGGAUUUGUUUGACCCAAUUUACUCUUGUGGCAUUUUGAGGCCCAGUGGACAAAUUGUCAAAUGUUUCCAUGAAGUCUAUCCCGACUAUGAUGAACUAAGACAAAUGUUGCUUGAUGAGGAGUCGGAGCAUUACCCUGUGAUCACUCCAGAAGAACGGCAGGAAUUUCUGUUCCGACUUUUUAAGCACCUGUGUCUUGGGGGAGAGCUGUGUCAGUAUGAGGAAACUAUUGAACCUUACAUCCAUACCACAAAGCAAAUCUACAAAGAUCUAAUCAGUGUCCAGAAAGAUCGAGAAACAAAAAAGAUCAGUGUUGUGACAACAGUUCUCAAAGUUUCUGCUUUUGAUGAGUCAGAACCAUAUUUCCCUGGACGACCUGAAGAGGAGGAGCAAACCUUUGCCUACUUGAUUGUGGACCCGUUUAAAAGGCAUGUGAUAUUGAUGUACCAUAUUUAUGGAAUUGGAGAUUUUUCAUUUUAAUUUGUAUCUUUAUGUGUCAAUAUAUGAUGACAUGUUUGCUUACAUUUGAUGUACAUAUUCUGUAAUAUAGGCUAUU